AUGGCCAACGACGACCAGGCCACGGACGAAUCGUCCAUCAAGCCUGUGUCGUCGCUGCGCUCGCGCUUCGAGAACAUGACCACCGCUCGUCCGCAGCCACAGUCCACCGCGUCUCCCAACCUACGUAGAUCUCUCGAUCUCCCGCGACCGCUCCUGUGCCCAGAUGCUGCGACUGACAACACCNCCCAAGGACUGAAGAAAGCGAAGCCUCCUCCGCCUAGACCGCGUCCCGUGUCGACAGCAUACCCUCUAACUCCUCGUCACUCUCCUCCUUCUGUCAGCGUCCAAUCGCCAGCGUCUCCGCCCAGGAGGCUUGAUGUCCGCGUUACCAAUGCGACUCCUUCAAAGUCUCCUCCCACCUCAACCUUGUCUACUCCAGGAUCUGCGAAUGCUUCUCCUGCGGGCUCGAUCCGUCAUUUCCGCUCUCCGAGUCGAGUGACCACACCUGCGCUAGAGGCUCGUAUGUCGGCUUUCCUGCAAGCCUCGCAGUCUUCUGAAACAUUGCCCGAGAGUCGACUUCAGUCAAAUGGUGAACAGAGACCCAAAAGCCCCAACUUUGGAUGCCCUCCUCCUGUGAAUCGCGCCGGUAAANCCGAAAAUCGGUGGACUAUCGUCUCAAGUACAGACAGUCUAGCGCCUGUGAUACCAAACAAGACCGGAAACAGUCAAAUUUCUCCUUUUGGCACUCCUCCAAGCAGUUCAGAAAGUACUCCCUACGCUGAACAUGUCGCCCCUUCCAUCCCCCUCGAAUCGAAACCUAGGAAUUCAUCUACCUCCCAUGGCUAUUUCGCUGGUGUAGUGGCUCCCCGAGCUGUCCCAGUACAAUCUCGAAAUCCUUCUCCCAAGGCCCUUAGCCGCUCAUACGACUCUUUCUCUUCCCACCCUUCUCGCCUCCAGAUGAUACCUCAAAGAGCAGCGAUCCCGGUAAAUGAUGGAGCCAGCGAAGAAGAUACGCCAGUACUACCUCCUCGUCCUGAGCGUGAACUGCAUUCUGGACGCACAAGUCCUACCCGCUUCAACGGCAGAAUUCCUGCUCGCCAAUCGCUUGAUCUCCCGCGCCGUACGAGUGCCGUUGCUGCUAAUACGGACAGUAAUAUGAUGCCACCUCCGCGUCGCGCACAACCACCUCCACUGCAAACAUCCGCCUCCGCUCUUUCCCAGGGUUUUGACAGGAGACAUUCUGUCACGCCUGCUGCCACUCCCUCCGGCAGCAAGCCUCCGCCUCCUGCCAUCCCUGCGCCUCGUCGCUCGGUUGAUACUCGUCGCGAAGACUUUAGAAGCAUUCCAUCCACUCCUUUGUUGACACAUCACGCCGACGACGUUGAGGACCCUCCUGUCCAAUACCCUGGAGGUAAUCCUCAGGACUUUCCGGAUGCAUCACAAGCAAACAGACGCCCUCCACGGUUUGGGACCCGUCCUCGAGAGAUUCACACAGGUUAUGAUACUCGCACUUUUGCAGUUUGUGGAGAUUUGGUGUGCACGACAGGCUACAUUACGCGUGUGUGGAGUCUGCGCACUGGCGAGUCAUGUUUGACCCUAUCUCAUGGUGAUAAUGUCAAAGUGACUGCACUAGCCUUUGCGCCAACAGCAAAUGCAGAGAACGAAGGCCGACGACUUUGGCUUGGUACGAAUAUCGGUGAAAUUCAUGAGGUCGACAUUCCUAGUCAAUCCAUUGUUCAUACCAAGUCUAAUGCGCAUCCUCGGCGAGAAGUCAUCAAAAUCUUCCGCCAUGCUUCCGAACUAUGGUCUUUGGAUGAUGAAGGCAAGUUCAAUGUUUGGUCACCUGGCUCCGCAGGUAUGCCUAGCCUGGAUACUGUGCCGACGAGUUUUAGGGCUGUUCGUGGCCACUCGUGUUCAGUUAUUGUUGGCGGUCACCUCUGGAUUGCUGCGGGCAAAGAGAUCAGGGUCUUCAAACCCAGUGCACCUACAGAAGCCGCUUUCAAUGUUUUACAAAAGCCCCUGAUGGCAGAAGGCGCAGGUGAUAUCACUGCGGGAGCUAUGAUACCCAGCAAACCAGACUUGGUCUACUUUGGACAUGCUGACGGCAAGGUUUCGGUCUACCAACAUCGUGAUUUCAGAUGCAUUGGUGUCUUUAGCAUCAGUCCUUACAAGAUUAGCUCUCUAGCAGGAGCCGGGGAUUAUCUCUGGGCUGGCUACACUGCGGGCACUAUCUUCGUGUACGACACUUCCACGACACCUUGGCGGGUCAUGAAAGACUGGGUAGCCCACGACAAUCCCAUCUGUAGUAUCCUCACAGAUGCGCAAAGUAUCUGGAAGAUGGACAACCGCCUACAAGUUGUGAGUCUUGGCCUCGACAAUGCCAUCAGGAUAUGGGAUGGUAUGCUUCGUGAGGACUGGCUCGAGACCAAGAUGCAGCAGAACGACAAUGAAUUCUGCUCGUUUGAGGAGAUCACUGCUGGAGUUCUCACAUGGAAUGCUGGUGCUGUCAAGCCCAAUCAUCUCAAAGGUAGUGAGAAAGACGCUGCCUUUNUCAGAGACUACUUUUCUUCGAACACUCCCCCAGAUAUUCUUGUGUUUGGCUUUCAAGAACUGGUGGACUUGGAGAACAAGAAAGUCACAGCUAGUACAGNNAGCUUUUUCAAGAGUAGAAAAAAGGAUCCUACAGAACAAGAGCACAUGUCGCAUCAGUACAGAGCCUGGCGGGACCAUCUUACUAGAUGUAUUGAAGACCACAUGCCGGCCAACCAAGGGUACGCUCUCCUACACACGUCAAGCAUGGUCGGUCUUUUCAGCUGUGUGUUUGUCAAGACAUCGCUCCGAGGCCGUAUCAAGCAAGUGCACACAGCAGAAGUCAAGCGAGGAAUGGGCGGUCUGCAUGGAAAUAAGGUAAGUCACAAACGUCAUCAUAGUUUUACGAAUCCUGAUGGUCAUCACAGGNGUGCGUUGAUUGUCCGCAUGAUUCUGGACGACAGUUCAGUGUGUCUGGUGAACUGCCAUCUUGCUGCAGGCCAGACUCAAACACUCCACCGCAACAACGAUAUUGCUGCCAUCCUCGAGGCCGAGUGUCUUCCUGUAGCAGCGGUUAGUAACAUGGCCGGUACUUUUGUAGGAGGUGGCGAUGGCAGCAUGAUCCUGGAUCAUGAGAUUUGCAUUCUCAACGGAGACCUCAACUAUCGCAUCGAUGCGAUGCCGCGAGACACUGUCGUUCGCGCCGUGAACGACAGAAACUUGGCAAAGUUGCUUGAACGCGAUCAGCUCUUGCUAUCACGCAGAAAGAACCCAGCGUUUAGACUGCGCGUUUUCCAGGAAAUGCCCAUCACAUUCGCACCAACUUACAAGUACAACGUAGGCACUGAUGACUAUGAUACCAGCGAGAAGAAGCGAGCUCCAGCAUGGUGCGACAGAGUACUGUACAGAGGCAUGGGCAGGAUCAAGUGCGAGGACUACAGACGAUGGGAGGUCAGAGUCAGCGAUCACAGACCAGUCAGCGCACGACUGAAAAUCCGCAUCAAAAAGGCCGAUGAACAACGGCGAGCAGCGGCAUGGAGCCGUCGCGAAAAGGAGUUUGAAAAGUACAGUGACCGCAUCGCUGGCGAGGCCAAGCUGGACUACCUGACAAACAUCCUGGGAUUACCCCGAAAAGAAGCUUUGAACUUGCUGAAGGGAUAA